AUGGGAUUUUUAAAGAAGUUCAAAACUGAAAUGAAGUCGGCCUUUGGUGAUGACCGGCCUUCGUAUCCUUCACAGCAACAGCAGCAAUCACAGAUGCCCAUGACCGACCAGCCGGCCAGCAUCCAAGAGCCUUCACCCUUGGAUGUUCUCCGCUAUCGUUAUCAACAUGGCACUAACUUUGGCUCCAUCUUUGUGCUUGAGAAAUGGCUCACUCCCAGCAUGUAUCAAGAUAACGCUGACUCAGCUGAGCUUGCGGCUGUGACUGGCAACAUCAAAGCGAUGGGUCUCGAUGCAGCCAAGCAAAAGUUCGAAAACCAUUGGGAGACUUAUAUCAGUGACUCCGACCUAGACUGGCUCGCUAGCCAGGCUCAUUCUUAUUGCGCAAACACGCCUUUCGAAUCUUCUUCCGCAGUGUAUGAGAAUGCUUGGCCAGCUGUAAAGCGUCUUGUCAGUCGUCUGACUGCCAGAGGUAUUGGCACUCUUCUCGACCUGCACGCGUUACCUGGUGGUGCGAACGGAGGUGAUCAUUCGGGAACCAACAGCGGCAAAGCCGAACUGUGGAAGUCGAAGAAAAACUUGGACCUUGCUACACGUUGUCUACUGUUUAUCGCUCAUGAAGCCAGAUCAAUGGACGGUGUCGUUGGUCUGCAGCUGAUCAACGAGGCCGAGUGGGACGCUCCUGGCAUGUAUGGCUGGUACGACUCGGUUAUUGGUCAGAUAGGUGGCAUUGACAACACUAUUCCUCUCUACAUUUCGGACGCCUGGAACCUAGGUCCUGCAGUUGGCUACGUCAAUGGCAAGAACAGUCUGCAUGCUGGUCGAGCCAACCCAAUCGUUAUCGACACUCAUUUGUAUUGGGCGUUCUCGGAUGAUGACAAGAAGAAGCAUCCUGGUGAGAUCGCAAAUGAAGCCAGAUCGAAGCUCGGUGAGCUAGAUGGUCACGAAGGCAACGUCGUGGACAAUGGUGCCGCGCAGGUGGUCAUUGGUGAAUACAGCUGUGUUUUGACCGAAGACUCUUGGUCCAAGGCCGGUGCUCACGAGAAGGAUAACCUGGUUCGCGAGUUUGGGCAAGCACAGACGCAGAGAUAUCAGCAAAGGACUGGUGGAAGUUUCUUCUGGACAUAUCGCAUGCAGCAAACCAACAACGGCGCCAUUACAGCUCCUAACAACCUCGCUCUUUCCAAUGACGACGUUCAGUCUCGUAUUGGACAUGCGCAGUCUCAAGCAGAUGCGAAAUUUGGACAGACUUUUGGUAGUCACUGCAACUACUGGGAUUCUAACCACCCUGGCGAAUACGAGCAUUGGCGAUUUGAGAGUGGCUGGAAGCUCGGCUUCAACGAUGCAGUGGCGUUCUUCGGCGCAAGAGCUAAUGGCCGUCUUCCUGGUACUGGAGGUGACAAGAUCGGUAUGCUGGACAUCUGGACCAAGAAGAGAAUCGUCGAGAGUGGGCAGGCAGGCAAAAUGUUGUGGGAGUACGAGCAAGGAUUCAGACAAGGAAUCCGUGACUUUUACGAGCUUGCUGGAAUUUGA